CGCGCAGGCGCCUGGAACGGCUGCCGAUUUCCUCUCUGCGAUGCUGGGCUCAGCCUAGCAGCGAGGGAAGGCGCAGGAUGGGCUGUCGCGUUGGCCGCGCUCUCGGGCCGCUGGCGUUUUUGUGCGCCUUCUUGUGCCUCUUGUGGCGUCUCCCCGGGGCCGACGGCUUCAGGAGGAGAGGACCCACCGUGACCGCUAAGGUAUUUUUUGAUAUACAGAUUGGUGGCAAAGAUGUUGGAAGAAUAGUAAUUGGAUUGUUUGGAAAAGUGGUACCAAAAACAGUAGAAAACUUUGUUAAACUUGCAACUGGAGAAAAAGGUUUUGGGUAUAAAGGAAGCAAAUUUCAUCGUGUUAUCAAAGAUUUCAUGAUUCAAGGAGGUGACUUCACAGCUGGAGAUGGCACAGGAGGAGUAAGCAUUUAUGGAGACCGGUUUCCUGAUGAGAACUUUAAACUCAAGCACUAUGGUAUUGGAUGGGUCAGCAUGGCUAACUCUGGCCCACAUACUAAUGGUUCCCAGUUCUUCAUUGCUGUGACAAGGCCUGGAUGGUUAGAUGGAAAACAUGUAGUAUUUGGAAAAGUCAUUGAUGGAAUGGCUGUGGUGCAUGCCAUAGAACUGCAGCAAACAGAUGAACAUGACCGCCCUCUCCAAGACUGUGUAAUUGUCAACAGUGGGAAGAUAGAUGUGAAAGAACCAUUUGUGGUUGAAGUAGAUGACUGGACAAGUUGACAGUGUGUGCAAAGGAACCAAUCUUUGACUAUUUUACAUAAUGAGGAACAUGUGCCUUCCCUGUACAACAGAAGAGGACUGAGUUUCAGUUUGCUGAUAUGCAACUUAUGCAAAAGGUGAACGUGUUAUUACUACAGCUAUAUUAUGUUACCAUUUAAAAGAAAAACCUGUUUAUCCACUUUACUGAAUUUAUAG